GUUGGUUGGUGAUCAAGUGGAAAUUGCAAAUUCGUAAGUGCCUUGUAAAACCACUAAAAAUGAGUACGAUUGGUCGUUAAACUAAAUUGUCAAUUGAUGUACUUCCAUAAGUUAAUAUUCUCAUUCCACUAACAAAACUGUCCAAUCAUUCAAGAUUCCAAGGAUAAAUAAAAUUUUCGAAAUAUUAACUUGUACAACAGGGGAACCUUUACCUACUCUUAUACUGGGUGGUAUCUUACUAUCUUACCAACCGCGCUACUGUUUCCAUAAAUAUUAUUUGGAAUCAUACAUACGAUUGAUCGAUGUGAUAUUUGAACGGGCUUCUCCUUCGUAGGCAACCACCACUUGACUGAUUCUCUGUACAAAUCACAACCGUGUCAUCAAUGUUAGAUCAACUCAAAUGAAUACAACAGAAAUUAUAUAUUUGCAACAGCUAAGAAGAAGAGGAGUAAGAUUUGAACGUAAGCUCCAGACCUUAAGUUCGAAAGAAGAGUCAAAUAUGCUUUACUAAACCCUAAUACUAUAAUCAAUGAAAACACCCAACCUUUGUUUUUAAUUGGUUACCACCAAACUAAGCUGACUUCACAACUGAAAGAAACAUGUUAUCUAAUAUGCAUUACCUACAACCAUCAAGGUGGUUGUAUUAACUUAGUUUUAUAAUAUCACACAAAAAUUUCAACGAAUAAAGCUAAAAUGAUUGUGGAACUUAAUCAACUAUUACAUGAUGAAGGUUCAACUCUGCACGGCAAAUAAUGCAGUGGGGGAUAGCAGAUAUUGUAAUAUUUCAAAUUAACAACCUUGAGGGGAAUGUAUCGCCAACAUUUUGCAUAGCCAUCAGGGAGGUUUCUUGAUCAGAUGAUAUAAUAUUGAGGACGGUUUUUUCAGGGUUUGGUAUUGUAUUUUGUCAACCAGUUAGAAAUGUCUCCUUUACUAGCUUUGUUCAAAUGGAAACACCAAGUUGUUGUAUUUUUCCCUGUAAGUUGUAAUCAGACAUUAGUCUGACAAGCAAAGAAAAGGAUAAAGCUUAUUUAUUUUAUCGUGCCUGGAUGAACAUAAGAAACUCAAAACUUGAACGAACAAGAUGUAAGAAUAUAUAGACGUGAUGUCCAAUGCUUGACUCCUAAGGAGCAUCGACUCAUCAAUUUUACCGAAUCUUUUAUGAUAUCAACUUAGAAGCAAUUAAUGUAAUGGAAGAAUAAGAUAGGGAAUAUCAUUUAAAAUGAAAAGGCCAUAUCAAAGUGUCGUGCCAACAUGAAGAAGGAAAUCAGUCGUAAUCAUCAUUUAAAAAAAAAAGUUGUUCGCACUAAUUCUUUAACUAAGUUUUCAUUUAGCUUUUUGAUUAUAAAUUCUAGCUAAUAAUGCAUUAAGGUUUCAUUCAUCACCUAAAUUAUAAGCUUUCAUUUGUUGAGUAUUUCUCCAAAUAUCAUCACCGAUCGUUUUUGUUUCUAAUGGGGGAGUAUUUCGACUCGAACUGUCCGAAAAUUUACGUGCAAACUUUUGAAGAUGAACAAAUUGUCAAUCUUGAUGUCAAGAUUAUAGGAGACCCAACUUUGGUUCCUCCAGCGGAGGAGACACCAACGGGUAUAUACUUCUUGGCUAACAUCGACAGGGGAGCUGACAUGAUUCAAACUAUUCAUUGUUUUAGCAAAACAUUUGAUGGAAAGGGUUCAGGUGCAGCUCAAGCCUUGAAAGAUGGCUUAGCGAAAGUUCUUGUUUACUACUAUCCAAUUGCUGGACGUCUCACGUUGAGUGAGAAAAAUAAGUUCGCAAUCGAUUGCAGGGGCGAAGGUGCUCUUUUUAUUGAGGCUGAGGCCGACUGUAUGCUGGAAGAGAUGGGUGACUUGACGCAACCCAAUCCUGCUACUUUUAAGAAGCUUGUUUAUGGGAAUCCUGGUCCAGUAAACAUACAUGAAAAUCCUCCUCUGCUUGUGGCUCAGGUGACCAAAUUCAAGUGUGGAGGAUUUGUUCUUGGACUAAGCCAGAAUCACACAGUAUUUGAUGGAAUAGGUGCAAUGGAGUUUGUCAAUUCAUGGGGUGAAGUUACUAGAGGAGUACCAAUGACAAAACCACCGUUCCUAGAUCGAACCUUACUCAAAGCACGAACCCCACUUAAGACACAAUUCACUCAUAUACUCGAGGAAAUCGUAGACAUCUCAAACAAUGAGGCUCUUUGGGAAGUAGAAAAGCUCCUUAAUAAAUCCUUCAUUUUUCACCCCGACAAGCUAGAAAAACUAAGAGAAAAAGCCAUGGAAGAUGGGAUUCUGAAAAAAUGUACCACUUUCGAAGUACUUACUUCUUUCAUGUUGAGAGCGAGAACUAAAUCAUUAGGACUUCAUCCUGACCAACAAGUAAGGCUACUCUUUCCUGUUGAUGCUCGGUCUAGAUUUGAGCCGCCGUUACCAAAAGGUUAUUUUGGCAAUGCAAUCGCGUUAAAGAACUGUCAGUGCAGCGUGAGGGAGAUGCUAGAUAGUCCAUUGUCAUCAACAAUACAGCGAAUCCAACAAUUGAUUAGGUUGGUUACAAAUGAAUACAUGAGAUCGACCAUAGAUUCCUUAGAAGAACAUGAACGACCGUUACCUAAAGCUCAUACCCUAUUUAUAAGUGUUUGGACUAGGAUAGGAUUCCAUACUAUGGAUUUUGGUUGGGGAGAGCCUAUUUUCUCAGGCCCUCCAACGUUACCAACAAAUGUAGUCUUUUUCUUGGCUCACGGGGAAGAAAGGAAAGGCAUAAACUUGUGUCUAAGUCUGCCUGUUUCAGCCAUGAAGAUCUUUGAAGAAACAAUAACUACAAUUGAGUAGAAUCGAGAGGAAAAUAUUUUAUCUAUAUGUAAUUAUCUCAACAACAACAAAGAUGUUGAUUAUUAUUUGUUAUGCAUGAUUGGGUAUAAUUUUAUGCUUUUGUAUUUAACUAUAGUUAUACUUGAUUCUAAAUAUAUUGUAUUCUUUGAA